CCCUAAGUUUUUCUUGUUCAUCUGAGUUCUGACAAAUGUUGAGAUGAGGAGAAUAUUAGAUUUAUGUUGUAAUACUGCCACAAAUUGUUUUGCAGGGCUCUUUGAUGACUAUGGAUAGAUAUGCUGCUGCCGAAAGCUUCUAUAGACUUGCUAUGGCAUUUGCCCCUGUCCCAGAUCUUCACAUAAUGUGGUUACUGCAUCUAUGUGACGCACAUCAGGAAAUGCAGUCUUGGGCUGAAGCUGCUCAGUGUGCCGUUGCUGUGGCUGGUAUUGUAAUGCAGGCCCUUGUUGCGAGAAAUGAUGGUGUUUGGAGCAAAGACCACAUAACUGCUCUACGCAAAAUUUGUCCGAUGGUCAGCAAUGAGAUCAGCUCUGAGACAUCUGCAGCUGAGGUAGAGGGAUAUGGUGCAUCAAAACUUACCAUUGACUCUGCCGUGAAGUACCUUCAACUCGCAAAUAAACUGUUUUCUCAAGCUGAACUCUUUCAUUUCUGUGCAAGCAUACUGGAACUUGUUAUUCCAGUUUAUAAAAGCAGGAGGGCGUAUGGACAGCUGAGUAAAUGUCACACGAUGCUUACCAAUAUCUAUGAGUCAAUCCUUGAGCAGGAAUCAAGUCCAAUUCCAUUCACUGAUGCGACAUACUAUAGGGUGGGGUUUUACGGUGAUAGAUUCGGAAAGUUGGAUAGAGAGGAAUAUGUAUACAGGGAGCCCCGCGAUGUAAGGCUAGGUGAUAUAAUGGAGAAACUUAGUCACGUAUACGAAUCUAGGAUGGAUGGCAAUCAUACGUUACACAUUAUUCCAGAUUCUAGGCAGGUCAAGGCGGAUGAAUUGCAGCCUGGAGUCUGCUACCUGCAAAUAACUGCUGUUGAUCCAGUCAUGGAAGAUGAAGAUUUGGGAAGCAGAAGGGAGAGAAUCUUUUCUCUUUCCACUGGAAGUGUUCGUGCACGAGUCUUUGAUCGUUUCUUGUUUGAUACACCAUUUACAAAAAACGGAAAGACUCAAGGUGGAUUGGAAGACCAGUGGAAGCGGCGGACUGUUCUUCAGACUGAAGGUUCAUUCCCAGCUCUUGUGAACAGGCUUUUAGUUACCAAAUCCGAAUCGCUUGAGUUCUCGCCAGUAGAAAAUGCCAUUGGAAUGAUUGAAACUCGGACAGCUGCUUUACGAAAUGAACUUGAAGAGCCUCGCAGUUCUGAAGGGGAUCAACUUCCACGUCUCCAGAGCCUCCAGAGAAUUCUUCAAGGCAGUGUUGCCGUUCAGGUCAACAGUGGGGUACUGAGUGUGUGCACUGCAUUCCUGUCGGGUGAGCCUGCAACAAGGUUGCGGUCCCAGGAACUGCAGCAACUCAUUGCUGCACUCCUUGAAUUCAUGGCCGUAUGCAAGCGUGCCAUCCGUGUGCACUUCAGAUUGAUCGGCGAGGAAGAUCAGGAGUUCCACACUCAGCUUGUGAAUGGAUUUCAAUCUCUGACGGCCGAGUUGUCCCAUUACAUCCCUGCCAUUCUGUCAGAGCUGUGACAUUCUUGUGGAAUUAUUGUUUGUUUUUUGAUUUUUUUUUUCGCCUCGGGCUGUAGCUGCAAUGUGUCGAUGUCUUUCCGGCCCCAAGUGGGGGUGCACAUAUUCCAUGGCUGUUCAUAUUUCUGUGACCUUAUGUAUUAGCAGCUUGGAGACCUCUCUAAGAUUUCAAGGUUUCCAAGAUCACAUUAAUCCAUGCUGUCAUUGUUUGAUACUUAA